GGACAAGGCAUUUUUUGAUUUUUCUUCUUUUUAUUUUCGGACGAAUAUUAUUUACGGAACCUCAGCUGGUUGACUACUUGACUCCAUGAAAGCUCUGGAAUUUUAAUUUGGGCAGAAAUACCAACGCCCUUUCUUCCCCUGUUUUUCUUCUUUUUCAAAACGUGCAGAGAGAGAGAGAGAGAGAGAGAGAGAGAGAGAGAGAGGGGUUCGCGGGGGGGGGAGAGUGAGAAAUUAUUGCAAUUGUGUUUGGGUGAGAACGAAUUGAUGAUAAUUUCUGCUUCUAUCGCUUCAAUUUGCAGGGAUGCAGCUGGAGUCGCUGGGAACAUAUUUGCUUUUGGGCUGUUUGUGUCACCAGUGCCUACAUUUCAGAGAAUUAUUAGAAACCGAUCAACGGAACACUUCUCAGGACUGCCAUAUGUUUAUGCCCUUUUAAACUGCUUGAUAUGCCUCUGGUAUGGAACACCCCUUGUGUCUUCUAAUAAUUUGAUGGUUACCUCGGUCAAUUCAGUCGGAGCAGUUUUUCAGUUAACCUACAUAAUUGUCUUCAUCACCUAUAUUGAGAAAGCAAAAAAGGUGAGGAUGGUGGGAUUGUUGCUGGCCGUUUUAUGCCUAUUCGCAAUCAUAGUUGUUGGGAGCUUGAAUAUAAUCAACCGUUCAAUGCGGCAGAUAUUUGUUGGGUCCUUAAGUGCUGCUUCACUCAUAUCAAUGUUUGCUUCUCCACUCUGCAUAAUUAAUUUGGUGAUCCGGACACAGAGUGUUGAAUUCAUGCCAUUUUAUCUCUCCCUUUCCACAUUCUUGAUGAGCACCUCAUUCUUAAUUUAUGGAAUCUUCAAUUAUGAUGCCUUCAUUUAUGUCCCAAAUGGGAUAGGAGCUGUAUUAGGUGUUGUACAAUUGGUAUUGUACUCUUAUUAUAAAAAUUUAACUACUGAAGGCUCCGGAGAACCCUUGAUAGUGUCAUAUGCCUGAUUGAUUAUGUUCUCAAUGAAAGGUAAAAAUCAAUGCUACUUUGGUACAUGAAAUAAAAAGACAAAAUCUUGAAGUGAAGAAAGGUGAAGCCUCAUAUUUGAUGGUGCAGCUUGAUAUAAAUAAGAGAGUGUAAAUAUGCAGGGAAAAUUUUGUCAUCGUAUUCCAUUCCUUCUUGUGUGUAUUGUGGCCAUGUUUUAUGUUCAAGAAUAGACAGAAAAGAAAAUUAAUAUAAAUCAGUGAUAUUGUGCUUCAGCUUUCAUGUUGAAAUGGACUGAAGAUAUGUGAAAAACUAUAUACCCAUUCUUUUGCUUAUUAUAAAUAUACAUGUUCUAUUGACCUGGAUCCAA